CAACCUCACUAAAGUUCAACUCAAACAUUUUGGCAUGGACAUUUUGGACGCACUGGGGCCACUGCAGCGUAUCGGCCAGCUGUGCAACCUGUGGCAGUGGCGCUUGGAUACUGCCACACGGCAGCUGCAACGUUCCCGCUGGCUGGAGGCCUACGGCUGUGUGGUGCUGCUACUGUCCACGGGUUACCUUCUGUACGGCUUGUUUGACGAGAGUCGCACCGCCGAUGGCGAGUCCAAUGAAACCACCAACAUUGGCCACACGGUAGACUCCAUACAGCUGGUGGGCAUACGUGUGGCUCACGCAACGGCGCUUCUGGAGGCGCUAUUGCAGCGUCAAGCGCAGGGCCGCUUCUUUGCGCAGCUGCGCGAGAUCGACCGCGAAUUCGCGAAUGUGCUGCAUCUGGACCUGGAGAAUGGCCAAUUCCGAAGUCAAAUGAACCGCCGAGCACUGUGGAUGCUAUCCGGCUAUUUGGUUAGCCAGAUCUUCAUACUGUUUACCAAAAUGCUUGCGCCGGAUAGCCACUUUAUGAUCUAUUGGCUGUGCUAUUUGCUGCCGCUGCUGGUCUGUGGCGUGCGCUAUUUUCAGAUCUACACGGCCGUCCAGAUUGUGCACCACCGUCUGGAGAUGCUGCUGCGCUUGCUGGAGUCCCUGCAGUUGAACGAGGCGGAGCAGCCGCAGCCAUUUGUCUGCAAGUCCAUAAAGGAGGAGCUCGAAAUGGAAACGCUGGCGGCGGCUUGCAUGCAGCGUCUGUUGGCUGCCAGAAAAUUGUAUCAGCGCCUCUGGCUGUUGGUCGCCCUGCUGAAUCGCUGCUAUGGCCUCUCCAUGCUGGUCAACUUGGGCAACGACUUUCUGGCCAUCACCUCCAACUGUUAUUGGAUCUUCUUGAACUUUCGCCGGUUUGCCGCCUCGCCCUACGAUUUCCUGCAAAUUGUGGGCAGCACCCUUUGGUCUGCACCGCAUUUGGGCAACGUUCUUUUUCUGGCUCUCAUAUGCGAACGAGCCGCUUAUUUUACAACGCGGCUUGCCUUGAGUCUGCAUCACAUCCGCGUCGAUCUCCAGAAUGACAGCCACAAUGCACUGGUGAGUCGAUCCUUGUUCACCCCCACUUCUAUCUCCAUGCAGACCGUAAUCCCCCCGUAAUCUGCUUCACAGAUCACCCAGUUCUCCCUGCAGCUGCUGCAUCAGAGACUACACUUCAGCGCAGCGGGCUUUUUCGAUGUGGACUGCACGUUGCUUUACACAAUUGUUGGUGCCACAACCACGUAUCUCAUCAUUUUGAUACAAUUCCACAUGAGCGAGGGCAGCUUGAGCAGCGGUACGGCCGGGGGAUAGGAACCAGAUAUUGUAAA